AUGCUCCAAUACCAUCAACAAAUCAAUCCCUCCGUACGACCGCACGUGCCCAUCCCGUGCCACCAAAACUCAACGAUGAGCCUGUUCGUCUUCUCCAUCGUCCUCCCGCCAUUGAUUCUCUUACUGCUCUACAAACUGACUCCCAAAUACCAAACCCACCCUUCUUCUUCCCCAAAGCUCCCAAAAUCGUACCCUAUUUUCGGCUCCUUCUUCACCAUCGUCAAGAACAGACAUCGAUUCGUCCAGUGGUCGUCGGACAUCGCCACGUCGAUUCCGACACUCACUUUCUACCUCAAUCGGAACUUCGGCCUCACGAACAUCGUCACGGCGAACCCCGCCGUCGUGAAGCACAUUCUCAAAACCAAUUUCGGAAACUACGAUAAAGGAGAGUUCUUCAGGACCAAUCUGGGCGACUUCCUCGGCGACGGAAUUUUCAAUUCCGACGGCGAGAUGUGGAAGUUGCAGCGCCAGAUCGCCGUCCAUGAAUUCAACACCAAAUCUCUCCGGAAAUUCGUCGAGACCGUCGUUGAUUCAGAGAUCUCCGGUCGCCUGAUUCCGAUCCUUGAGGAUGCGGCGGUGGCGGAGGCGGCUGCGCCGCCGCUGGAUUUUCAGGACAUUCUCCACAGAUUUGCCUUCGACAAUAUCUGCAAAAUCGCGUUCGGAUACGAUCCAAAAUACCUUUCCCCGUCGCUGCCGGAGGAGAAAUUUGCGGUCGCAUUCGAGAAGGCGGCGGAGCUCUCCGAAGAAAGAUUUUUGACAUUUAUUCCAUACUCAUGGAAGAUUAAAAAGUUUCUAAACAUCGGGUCGGAGAAGGAGCUCAAGAUGGCCGUUGGCGAAGUCCGGCAAUUAGCACUAAAAAUCGUCCGAAGAAAAAUGCAAGAAAUUAAGGAAAAUCCAUCGUCAAACAACCAAUUCGACGAUCUAUUGUCGCGAUUCUUAAAUUCAGGGAAUUCCGAGGAGACCUUCGUCACGGAUAUAGUGAUAAGCUUCAUUAUCGCCGGAAAAGACACCACCUCCGCCGCUCUGACGUGGUUCUUCUGGUUGUUGUCGAAACAUCCACAAGUCGAGAACGAAAUCCUCAGGGAAAUCGAAGACAUGUCCGGGGCAUCGUCGGCGUACGAGGAGGUUAAAGAAAUGGUUUACACGCACGCUUCGCUUUGCGAGGCAAUGCGGCUUUACCCGCCGGUGCCGGUCGACGCAAAGGCGGCUCGAAACGACGACGUUUUGCCGGACGGGACGAUGGUGAAGAAAGGGAUGAGAAUUAGCUACCAUCCGUACGCGAUGGGGCGGGUCGAGAAAGUGUGGGGGAAGGAUUGGCCGGAGUUCCGCCCCGAGCGGUGGCUGGAGCGGCGGUCGCCGGAGGAGAAGUGGUGUUUUGUGGGGCGGGAUCCGUACACGUAUCCGGUGUUUCAGGCGGGGCCGAGAAUAUGUUUGGGGAAAGAUAUGGCUUUUAUUCAAAUGAAGAGGGUUGUUGCCGCCGUCUUGCGGCGGUUUAGGGUUGUGCCAGUGGCGGAAGGGACAGAGCCGGUGCUUGUAUCGGCGUUGACGAUAAAAAUGAAGGAUGGGUUUCCGGUGAGAAUCGAAAUUAGGAAUAACGGUAUAUAG